GCGAUUUCGAGUGGGCAAAAAAUUCACUGUACUAUCACACUAAUUUUAUUGUGAAUCGAAAAUUUCGUUCGUGUGGUCGUCUUUGUGAGAAAGAAUUCUAAAGAAUAAUAAUUGUGUUUUCCAUUUAUUGUUUUCAAUAAAUAAAGAAAAAUGGCCCGUACCAAGCAGACCGCUCGUAAAUCUACUGGAGGAAAGGCUCCUCGCAAGCAGCUGGCUACAAAGGCCGCGCGUAAGUCCGCCCCAUCAACUGGCGGCGUAAAGAAGCCGCAUCGCUAUCGCCCUGGAACUGUCGCUCUGCGUGAAAUCCGUCGCUAUCAAAAGUCGACCGAGUUGCUCAUCCGCAAGCUUCCCUUCCAGCGCCUGGUGCGUGAAAUCGCACAGGACUUCAAAACCGAUUUGCGUUUCCAGUCGGCCGCUAUCGGAGCCCUUCAGGAGGCAUCCGAGGCCUAUCUGGUGGGCCUUUUUGAGGAUACAAAUUUGUGCGCUAUUCACGCCAAGCGCGUCACCAUUAUGCCGAAGGACAUUCAGCUGGCGCGCCGCAUCCGUGGCGAGCGUGCUUAAGCAGUAUCAUCAUCAUCAGCAGCAAUCUUUGCUGUGAAACACACGCCGAUCAAUUCACCAUUCGUAAUCUUACAUACUAACAUAACCAUUUACACAACCACAACAUACACCUGUCGCUUAGUGUUAAUAUUGCGAAUGGGAAAAUCGGCAAAGUUUGACGAGAUCAAUUCACCAUUCGUAAUCUUAAAUACUUACACAAAACACUCACACAAACCCAACACAUUUGUCGCUUUUUGUUAAUUUUACGAAUGGGAAAAUCUACAAACUUUGACAACAACCACAUAUAAACAGAAAAAAAAAAACAAAAAAAACUUAAUUAUAAUGCUUAAAUAUAACUUUAAAAUCUUAUUAUUAUUAUUAUACAUUAGUUUGUAAGUUUUUUUUCCGCUUGUGCUGAAAGCUGCUUCGUCGCCGUCUGCAUGCCGUGCAACCCAUCUGCGUCCACAUUGUUGCGGGGAUACACGGGCGGCCGUCAUCGCCUGUCCGUCUGCAACAUCUGCCACCAACUACUCCAACAAUUGUCCGGAUGGCGGGCCGUGAAAGUCAGUGCUUCAUGGAUCUGGAGGCGCCUGCCAACCCUGGCCAUUUCUCAGGGGGAAGUCGACCAUCUGGCUGCCGGGAUUCGUGGUGCUGGCAAUCAUGACCAUUCAAACGCUGUUUGGGCGUGGUAAGGCGGACAGACGGUGGCCGGACUGCUCAAUGGUAUCUCCCAGGAUUCGGAGAAAGGCUACAGGACGGUGGCGGAGAGCCCAAAGGCACUGGCACCUAUAAAAGCAAAUGAAAAUGAUAUCCAACAUAACACCGAAGACCGAAUUGAGUACACUUACUUUUACAUAUUACACUAUAAAUACAUAUAAAACUAAAUAUAUAUAUAUAUAUUAUAUAUAGAAAACACUA